AUGUUGUGUCGUAUAAUUAUUACUUCUCUUCUCAUUACUGGUGUUCUUACCGACACCAACUCGUUAGUCAAUUCGGAAAACGGCUCACAUCGCGAAUUAUUGGUGAAAAACGAAAGUGCGAAGUUGAAAAGUUGUCUCUAUCAGUGCGACUUUGAAUAUUAUUUUAACGGUUCAUCUGCUAUACCAUCCACUUGUGACACAUAUGACAAUGGAACAGAUUUGGAAUUUGAUUCUGGUCUUGGAUCAAUGGGUGCAUUUUAUAUACAAAAGAAACAAACCAACCGAGUUGUAUUUUGGACUUAUGUUUGUUCCAAUUCUGAUAAUUGUAGUACUGAUUAUUAUAAUCAAUAUAUUUCAUAUUAUGUUGGAUUAACAAAAAAAGUUCAAAGAUUACAUGCUCGUUUACAUAAAAUACUCGAUUUUACUGGUAGUAGUUCAUCGAAUGUACAACAAUGUUACAAUAAUUCAGAUAAAUUACAAAGUUGCAUCAAUGGAUCUUGUGUAUAUGAGCGGAUACCUGACAGCAAUGCAAUUAAUAAGAGAUGUUCAUUGCCUGAGGACUUUACUCGAAUGAAUUAUGAUAUAUUUCAAACAACAACACCUGCACAGUCAACUGUCGCUUUUCCUCUGAUCGCAUUUGUAUGUAAUCGAGACAAAUGUAAUUCUCCGGAAACUGUGACAGCAAUUGAAAGGGUUAUUGAAAAAGAUUGGGGUGGAAUUAUUAAUAACAAUACGGCGUCUAUAAAUUGA